GGGAUUCAUUCAAUGGUCAGCUGCGUGACUGUGCAGCAGCGACGGCGCUCCGGAAUUUCCCGUUUCCACCUCGAGAGUACGCAAAUUACGGAAAGCACGGAGAACCGGAGAUCGCACAAACGGGCGUAAAGUCGUAAAGUCGUAAAUUCGUAACGCUGAGAUAGUGUUUCACAAAACCUUAUAAAAAAAAUACCAAACGUUGGCAAAAUAUAUUACCCACAAACUUAUGACUUUAUUUGUUAAUAAAAAAAUAAAAUUAAAUUUUAAAUUAAAAAAAAUAUUUUAAAAAUAAACCUCAAAAUUAAAAACCUUUUGAAAGUGCUUGUAAAUCAGAUCUUAAAUUUCAAAAAAUGUAUCUUCAAGGGACUACUUAAAUAAUAAUCCCUUUAUUUUAAAACCAUAUUUGAACAUUCUUAAAAAAGUGAUACCUAUGAUACCAUGAGAGAAUGAUGAUUUGGAGAAUAUCCAAAAAUCGACUAAGAAAGGAAAAAUAGCGCUUGUUAAUAUAUGUAUUUAAGGCAAAAGUAACAAAAUAAGGCAGCUGUUCUAAAGAAAACUUCAAAAUGGGUAAAGAAUUAAAUUUAUAAAACCACCCAAAGAGUAAAUCCCACUUGAAAACAGGGAUAUAGGCCCCAAAUUCUUGAAAAAAUAUACCAAAAAAAAAAUUGGAAAAAUCCCUGGAGUCGUAGCACCCAUAAGUUGCAGCCCGAAAAUGCUUUUGAGCAACCAGCCGGCGAACACGAAACCGCAGCAAACGCCUUCGCCGUCGCAAACGCAGAACUUCAAGUCGAAGUUGCAGCAGCAAAUCGCCUCGGCAGCGGCCGUGGCAGCGGCGAACAUCGCCAACGGCAGCGGUCUUCACCACCAGCACCACCAUCACCAUCCGCUGAGCAACCAUCAUAACCACAACCACAAUCAGCACAACAUUUCCUUCGCCACGGAUUUCUCAAUUGCGGCGAUUAUGGCGCGCGGCGGAAACGCCCCGAGCAGCCGGGAACCUUCGGAGCGGAGUCUGAGUCCCGCAUCCGUGGAGCGCUAUUCAGGCCAGGAUGUGGACGAUGAUGUUGAUGUUGACGUUGAUGUGGUGGACUGCAGUGACUCGGAAAUGCCGGCGGCAACUGCAGCAGCAAAUGCAACAGCCACAGCGACAGCAGCGGCUGCAGCGGCAGCAUUGCAGGCGCAACAACAGGCGCGUCAGGCAUUGCGUGUUGCACAGCAACAGCAGCAACAACAAAGGCAGCAGACACAUCACCACGCAACGGCAAACAAGCAACAACGCCAACAUCACAAUCAACACAGCAGCAACAGCAACGGCAACAACAGCAGCAGCAACAACUGCAACAGCAACAUCAGCCACUCAGGCAACACCAGCAACACCAACAGCAACAGCAAGUCAAGCAGCCAUCGAGGGCGUUCUGCUGCCGCAGUUGGAGCCGCUGCCACGCCCUCGCCACCACCGCCCCCGCCCUCGCAAAGUCCCGAGGAACUCGAACGCCUGUCGCCAGAGGAAUCACCAGCCCAGCAGCCCACGCCCAAGAUAGUGGGCUCGUGCAACUGCGACGAUCUCACGCCCGUGCAGUGCCACCUGGAGACCAAGGAGCUGUGGGAUAAGUUCCAUGAAUUGGGCACUGAAAUGAUCAUUACCAAAUCGGGCAGACGCAUGUUUCCCACCGUUCGCGUGAGUUUCUCGGGUCCCUUGAGGCAAAUCCAACCGGCGGACCGAUACGCCGUGCUUUUGGAUGUCGUACCGCUGGACUCGCGGCGAUACCGAUACGCCUACCACCGCAGCUCGUGGCUGGUGGCCGGAAAAGCCGACCCACCACCCCCCGCCCGAAUUUACGCCCAUCCGGACUGCCCCCUGAGUCCGGAGGCACUGCGAAAGCAGGUGGUCUCCUUCGAGAAGGUGAAGUUGACAAACAACGAGAUGGACAAGAGCGGACAGGUCGUGCUGAACUCAAUGCACCGCUACCAGCCCAGGAUCCACUUGGUGCGUCUGAGCCACGGCCAGAGCAUCCCCGGCAACCCCAAGGAGCUGCAGGAUAUGGACCAUAAAACCUUCGUUUUCCCGGAGACCGUGUUCACGGCCGUGACGGCCUAUCAGAAUCAAUUGAUUACGAAACUGAAAAUCGAUUCGAAUCCGUUUGCGAAGGGAUUUCGCGAUUCGUCGCGUCUCAGCGACUUUGAUAGGGAUCCCAUGGACGCCUUCUUCUUCGACCAGCACAUGCGCACGGCCCCUCUGCGGUUCUUCCCGGAUCCGCUGAUGUCCCAGCUGACUCCCCAGGAGGCGGACGCUGCCUCCCUGGCGCUGCUGGAGAAGGCCCGUCAGCACCUGCAGAUGUUCGGGCGAUCGCCGUACACGGAGAUGUUGCUGCCGCACCUGUACCAGCGGUCGGCGGCACCGCCCCCGCCCCCACAGCCCCCCCACCUCAGCGCCUUUCAGCUGGGCAUGUGGCAGCAGCAGUGGCCGCAGCUCACGGCCGGAUUCCUGGCCAGUGCCAACCAGCAGGCGGCCUUGGCCUUGGCGGCGGCGGGCGCCAAUCGCACGCCACCCCCUCCGAUGGCGGCGGCGCCCCCCGCCCCGGCCACGCCCACCUCCUCGUGCGGAUCGGCGUCUCCGGAUCUGAGGGCACGGCCCCAGCUGAGCCACUAUCCACAGCGGUUCAGUCCGUACCAGGUGCCGCAGCAUCAGGCCUCGCCACCAGCCUCGAACAGGGCGGAAAGUCCUUAGGAUACCACUGUUAACACAACCAACUAAAAUAUACUAAACUAAACCACCCAAAACACCACCCAUUCCCCUCUUUGAACCACCCGAAAAAUACUCUGAUGUGGUCUUUAAAUCUGAAAAAAAACAGAAAAUCCUUUUAGAAGCAUAAUCAAAGAAAGAGUAAAUUGUGCAAUACAUCAACAUGUUACCAGCAAAAAAUAAUCAAGAAUAAAAAGUUUUUAAAAAAUGAUUUUGAAAAUAUACUAAAAAGAAGUAUAUACUGCCGGGAUAAAAUAUUAUAAGUAUUCUUCUUUGCGAGUUUUAAAUGCAACUUAUUUGUCAAGUGCAUCUUAAAUACAUUUAAAUAAAUAUAUAGGAAAUGUGCUGCAAACAAUUGUAAAUUCCAAUUCAUAAUAUUCUAUAAGAUUUAAAGACCACACCAGGGUAUCAAAGAAAUGUAUGUGCAAUGUUGUUGAACAAAAAAAGAAUACCCUUUGUAAAUAACCCCGAAAUGUAGCUGCAACAUCCAAAGAGGCAUUCGGUGUUGCAUGUGAUGCUAAGCUAGAAGACCGUCUUAACCGGUUUCACUGUAUUGUAAUUGUCGUAGCAUUAUAACAGUAUUAGUUAAUUUAAUUAGGCCUAGCAGUAUGCAAACCCCACUUUCUGCUGUGUUUUUGUUGUCGUCCCCAUGCGUUCCUAAAACUGCAAUUAUUGUGAGAAUUCCACGCUGAAUUAAAUCCCCUAGACACUCCCCCAGCCCCAAAACUCAAAUGCAAACCAAUUACUAUAAACACUUAUUUAAAUUAUGUGCAAAACAGAGCGAGAAGGAGCGAAAUUAAUAAACAAUUUAUA